UUAAAAAAGCCUUUAGGGUUAGGGGUUGUGGGGAGGCAUAGUAAAGAAGAGGAAAGAAACCGUAAGGGAGAGAUUUGGAGUCCGAGAGAGAACCCUAAAGAGCGAAAGAAGAAGUUACGGGAGAUAGGAAGAGACACAAACUGAAAGACGUACACUUGAAUCAGGAUUCAGACAAGAAGUAUCGUUGAGAGGAUGGGAUAAAUAAAUCAGAUAUUGAAGACUAUCUGAGGAGAUUUGGAAGAACCCUAGGCACGAUGAAGAAGACAGUCCCUAGGCACGACGAAGCAAGCUUUGAACGACGAAGAAGGUGGUGGUAACUGCUCGCAUUUGGUGGACGAAGGAGUGAGGGCUGGAAAUGGGGUUCGCGGUUGCGUUCCAUCACAUGGGUAGGUUUGAACGGAAUAGGGGAUUGAAGUAUGUGGGGGGUGAAAUCCAUGUGGUAUCGGGUAUCGACACAGAUUUUUGGUCAUUCUUUGAAGCAUUAGGCAUCGUGAAGGAGUUCAAAUACGCUGGAGAUGUUAGACUUUGGUGGAAGGGCUCGAAGGAAACGUUGUUGAACAACCUAAGAUUGUUGAGUGACGAUAAGGAGGCAUUGGCGUUGGCUAAGUAUGCGGAGGAUAGAAAUGAAGAAGUAGAUAUAUAUGUCCAGCACAUUCCUUGUCAGCCUGAGGUGGUUCAUUUUAUUACUGGUCCUGGAAUGGAUGAAGAAGUUGGUCAGGAAGAAGUUGGGGUUGAGGCACAGAGGUGUGAGACCGAAAUAGGAGUUGAUGGUGGUCCGAUUGGUGAGACGGACAUAGGAGUUGAGGGUGAUGAAGAGGUUCAAGUAGAACAAGAGGUUGAGGUUGAAGAAGGGGUUGAGGCACAGAGGUGUGAGACAGAAAUAGGAGUUGAUGGUGGUCCGGUUGGUGAGACAAACAUAGGAGUUGAGGGUGAUCAAGAGGUUCAUGUACAACAAGAGGAGGUUAAGGUAAAACAAGGGGUUGAGGCAGAAGAUGGUGAGCUAGAACAGAGGGUUAAUUGGCAUACCUAGAAGCUCAUGGUGUAAGCAUGCAUUCAGCAUAUAUCCUAGAUGUGAUGUUUUAAUGAAUAACCUGUCUGAGUCAUUCAAUAGUACUAUCUUAUUAGCUAGGGAUAAACCAAUUAUUAGUAUGAUGGAAUGGAUUAGGUCAUACACAAUGAGUAGAUUUGUAACACUAAGAGAAAAAUUAAAUGCAUAUCCUGGUAAUGUUAUGCCUAAGCCAUAGAAAAGGCUUGAUAGGGAAGUGGAGAAAAGUGGCAAUUGGCUUCCAGUGUGGGCAGGGGGUGCAAAGUUUGAAGUCACACAAGGGUUCACCAUGGAGAAGUUUGUGGUAGAUCUGAGUAACCAUACUUGCACGUGUUACUUUUAGGAUUUGAUAGGCAUACCUUGUAGACAUGCUGUAGCAGCAAUUAAUUAUAAGGUGGAAAACCCUGAAGCUUAUGUCCAUCCAUAUUACAAAAGAGCUGCAUAUGAGGCAUGCUAUAGCCCAGAAAUAACCCCAAUCAAUGGACAACAAUUAUGGCCUAAAAGCACUCAACCUGAACUACUCCCACCAAUUUAUAAAACACCACCUGGGAGACCCAAAAAACUGAGAAGAAGGGAAGCUGAUGAACAUGUCAGUCAUUCCAAGCUAUCAAAGAAAAAUCUUAUCAUGAAGUGCAACAUGUGUAAGCAGAUGAGACACAACAUUAGGAGCUGUAGAAGGGGAAUCAGGCACAGAAAGGCACAAUCACAAGGAACUCCAAGUGUUAGUGCACCUAGUAGCGCUGCAGGACCAUCUACCCAAAGCUGCAGUAGUAGAAGAAGAUCUAGACUGAGAGUUGCUGCAAACGUGAACCAGGGAGAAAGACCACCAACAACCCAAACCAGAAGCAUGGCUGCACAAGUGAUAGGGUCUCAAGCAAGUACUGCAACCUCUGCUUAACCCACGUGAAAUACAAGGAGGAAUCAAACUGUUUUGGUUGCUUUUAAUGGUGGACCACUUUUUGUAGCAGUGGGCAAUAUCAUAGUGGACAACUUUUUGGAUUAAAGCAAAAUUGUAUUCAGAUGUAUGGACCACAUGUCUGGUGUCCAAUACUUUAUUGAAUGUAGUUAAACUUAUUUUAUUCAGAUUUGUGGACCACAUGUCUGGUGU